AUGAAGUCUUAUCUUGAGGCUUAUGAUUUGUGGAAAGCUGUAAUGGAAGACAAACCCAUACAACAUUCUGAUGUUGAAAUCAAACUUUACUCAGAAGAGAAAAUCAAAAAAUAUAAAGUCAAAAUUGUAAUUCAAAAUUCAGUUGCACAGUCAAUCUUUUCUAAAAUAAUUGCAUGUGAGACAACAAAAGAAGCUUGGGAAAAACUUGAGAAUGAGUACAGGGAAAGUGAACGAGGCAAACAAAAUCAAAUUCUGAAUUUGAAAAGAGAUUUUGAAUCUCUUAGGAUGCAAGAGGGUGAGACUAUCACUAAUUAUUCUGACAGAAUUUCUUUGAUUGUCAACAGAAUCAGGUUGCUUGGUGAGGAUUUUAAAGAUAAUAGAAUAGUUAAAAAGAUUCUUGUAACUAUUCCCGAGAGAUUUGAGUCUAAAAUCUCUGCUUUGGAAGAGUUUAAAAAUCUCUCUACCAUCUCUCUUGUGGAAUUGAUAAGUGCUCUCCAAGCACAAGAACAAAUAAGAGUUUUCAAACAAGAUAAAAUUGUUGAAGGUCAUGUUACAAAAGUGUGCAAGUUCAAAGACACUCAAGAUAAAUCACAAGCAUUAUUAGUAGAAGAAGAAUGUGAGGAUGAAUUCUAUUAA